AUGGAAGAGUGCAGUGAGGACAGAUGUUGGGAGGACCAAGCACGAGAUGCCCUAGGCAUCAUCUUUUGCAAACGGUCCCUUCAGGAGAUCCUCUCUGUAGUUCCGGGUGUUUGCAAACCCUGGAGCCGGGUGGUUUCAGGGGCCGACUGCUGGCAGGACAUCGACAUUCAGGAGUGGAGCCAGCAGAAAGAGCCUGACAAGAUCAUCAGGAUGGUCCAUAUGCUCCUCUCUCGCAGCGCUGGCUCGUGCCACCGCCUUAGUGUGUCCAGGCUUCCCAACGACUCAUUGUUCGCCUUCAUCGCGGACCAUGCGCAAUCUCUCAAGACUUUGGAGAUUCCAAGGAGCGAAAUUAGCGACUCUAUAGUGGAAACUGCUGCACAAAGACUGACUAAAGUUACAUUCCUGGAUGUAAGCAGCUGCACUAAGAUUGGCGCUCGUGCUCUGGAGGCAUUCGGUAAGAAUUGCAAAUCCCUCAUCAGACUUCGCCGAGUCAUGCACCCAAUGGAUGUCGCAGGGAAGGGGUGCCAUAAUGACGAGGCCCGUGCUAUUGCCUACAACAUGCCAAAGCUCUGCCACCUCGAGAUAGGGUACAUGCUUAUCGAGACAACGGCUGUCCUCGAGAUCACCUCCCGGUGCGAAGACCUCAAAUUCUUAGAUCUGCGUGGCUGUUGGGAUGUUGGUGAUAAGAUUUUGCAAGAGAAGUAUCCUGGGCUGAAAAUCCUCGGCCCCCACGUGGACGACUUCUAUGAGAACAACUUCUGGGAUGAGUGCUCGGAUGAUGACUCCAUCGACUCAUGGGAAGAGUUCGUGGACAAUGAGUACUUCGCCCUCGGGGGUGAUGACGAGGCCAUAUGGGACGACGAUCACGCUCUUGAGUGA